AAAGAAGACUAAACUGUAAAAACAAAGCAAAAACAGAAAAAAAGGCAACGUGCGUUUUCUGGAGUGACAAAAUCAAUUUGUGUCAUCCGCAGGACAAAUGUAUGAUGUUUGCAAUCACCUUUCAAAAGGUGAUUGCUUUUUUUUAAUUUGAUUUUUUUAAUAGCUUAAAAAAAAAGUUGCUAGGCUAGCAUGAAAGUAGCUAAAUGUAGCGCCAUAGAUACAAACACUUCCACCAGCUCACCGACGUGGCGGCCACGGCGGGGAAGUCGACGUUCCCAUCAAACGCAAAGCAUUGAUGUUGAAAUUAAGUCGCAACUUGCUCAUUUCUCAAACAAUUUUCAUGAGGUUUACCAUUUUGCGUGUGCUAUGAACACAUACGACUAUUAAAUACCUGCGAAAGGUUACUUCCGGUUCCCUUGUCGUAAUUGUACACACCGACGACUUGGACCGUCGCCAUGGGCACGCAGUUCAAAAGUGGCGAGGCGUGGCGAGGCGCGGCGGGGCGUGGCGACCCAUCCCCGUCUAUGGUAGCGACAGGACUUUUCCCGUCCGUUGCUCUCGACGGCGCCUCUUUAUUGGCUACCGGAAGUAGAGUUUCGUUGACGCGGAAGUGUCCGGAACCUCAUCCAUAGCUGGCGGGCACGCAUGCGCGUCUUCGUGUUGGACGCUCCGGACCGAAGCCUCGUUUUCCUCCGCCAUGUGCGCCGCGUUGCAGCUGCUGCGCGCGUCUAUUCGCGAGCGGAUGAGCGCCGCGGUGGAAGAUUUCCUGGUGCGGGUGCAACGCCAACAAGAGCAAAAGGAGGAAGCGGCCUCGGCGGCCCGACUUGCGUUGCUGCGAGCUCUGCUCAGCGAGCGUCUGGCGGCGGCCGCGGACGAGAUCGCGAUGCUGGUGGAAGGCGUCGUGGGCGACCCCUUGGCCAGGGUGGGCCACCGGAAGCCCCAACAACAACAACAAGGAGAAGCAGAAGAAGACGACGACGACGAGGCGGAGGCAGGAGACGUCAAGCAGGUGGCGCUGGCUCAAGAAGAGCACGAUGAGCCUGCACACAUCAAAGAGGAGGAAGCGGAGAAACAAGACCCCACCGCUUUUUCCGUCAACAGAGAAGCCGACCGCGACGAGGACGACACGGAAAAAGAAGAGCAAGCGGAGUCUCCGCCGCGUCUCCAGGAAAGGUCGCGGGCGGCGGCCGGCGAUCAAUCGGCCUGCUCCGAGUGCGGCAAAAUCUUCCUGAACGCCUUCCGUCUGAAGCGGCACCGGAAGACGCACUCUGCGGAGAAACCCUACGUGUGCUCCGUGUGCGGCAAGCGCUCGCGGCAGAAGGGCGACCUCGUCAAGCACAUGCGCACGCACACGGGCGAGAAACCGUUCGUGUGCGCGGUGUGCGGCAGCGGCUUCAUCCACAGCCAAGCCCUGGCGCAGCACGCCCGCACGCACACGCACGAGCGACCCUUCGCCUGCUCCGUGUGCGGCGAGACCUUCGCCCGCAGCGACUACCUAAAGACGCACACGCGGCGGCACACGGGCGAGAAGCCCUUCGCCUGCGCCUUCUGCGGCCGCCGCUUCCGCCAACGCGUCAACAUGACGUCGCACGUGCGCGUGCACACGGGACUCAAGCCCUACUCGUGCUCCGUGUGCGACAAAACCUUCUCGGUCAAGGGCAACGUGCGCAUACACAUGCGCACGCACACCGGAGAGAAACCCUUCAACUGCGCCGUAUGUCGCAAGGGCUUCACGCAGAAGGUCAAUCUGCUGAGCCACAAGUGUGGCGGCGGGGGGGCGGCGUUGCCGGCAGCGGCGUCUCCAUAGCAUUGAGCUGCAUGAAUAAAUGCAUCUUGAGGAACAAAGUGCAAAAUGAUGGUAGCAAAUGUUAUAAGGACUCUCAACAAUGUGGAUGCUCGGUUAGGGUUGGAUUAAAGAACACAGCAGGGCCCCCCUACGCGGCCUCCAGACAGGCCAUACUUUUGCCACGCCUGCCUGCCUUUCUUCUUCAAGUGAAUGUACGUGACGCGUCUUAUUCUUCUUAGUAGUUGGCAGCCAACAAGCUGCGAGAAGCUUCUUCUGUAAUAGGUGCCCUUUUUUUUCUUCUGCUGUGAAAUUUCCCCCCCUUUCUUGUUCUUGUGUCUGUCAAAGAUGAAUAAAAGCUUUGAAUGGAAAAAUUAUCCGACUUACUGGCAGAGAAUUUGAUGGGUGAAGACUGCCUUGUCAGGAGGUCACAAGUCGGAUUGUGACGUUCCCCAAGGCUCAAUUUGAGGUCCAAUACUUUUAAACUUGGACAUGGUGCAGGAGACAGGGAUUCAGUUUUCACAGCUAU